AUGCCGUGUGAAGUUAAAUUUUAUUGGUUUACACCUAUUAAUUUAAUAGAGUGUCCUUUUGUAGUAUUACUUUGUAUUGGAGAACAUUCACAUCCUUCGCCACCACCAAAGAAUGUACCGAAAGCUAUUCAGGAUCGACUUAAAACUUUAAUAGAAACUGCUUCAAUAUAUUUAGAGCAUAUAACACCACGUAGAUUAAUAUCAG